UAACUAUGUAAAUACUUCCGCGAUAUCUAUGCAAACACUGCCGCUUGUCAAGGUGAACGUUAUCUAUUCAAUACGCAAACUCUUCGCUCGACUUGAUUUACUUAAACAACAAUGGAGUAUGUGGAUUGUCAUUUCCAUGUUUGGGCCUUGGAGAAGUUCAAGUACCCUUGGCCAACGCCGGACAUGCGGAUCCACAAGGACUACUGGCCAUGUGGCCUUGAGGAUGUUUGGGCCUUGGAGAAGUUCAAGUACCCUUGGCCAACGCCGGACAUGCGGAUCCACAAGGACUACUGGCCAUGUGGCCUUGAGGGUAACAUCGAAAACACGCCCGUUAAACACGCGGUCUUCGUGCAGUGUUUGAACGCGAGCUCCGGGGGUACAGCGGAAACAGAAUGGGUGAUGGACAUGGCCACGCGUCACCCGGUCAUUGUUGGCGUUGUGGCUGGACUCGAUUUGACUAGUUCAAAUCUGGAUUCCGUAAUCACGUCGCUGAAGGCAAAGGGUUGUUUAAAAGGGGCAAGACAUAUUCUAGAUUUGGAUGCAGACGAUUGGAUAACGCGAGAUAACGUCAGCAAUGGUCUCGAGACCCUGGCUAAACAUGACCUCACAUUUGACCUGCUUGUAAGACCACAUCACCUUCCAUUGGUCCCCACCGUCGUCGCAAAACAUCCAAGCCUACGUUUCAUCAUAGACCACACAGCCAAACCAAUAUUCUCGGAAGGUAGGACGACAGGCUGGUGGGAUGACAUGGCACAGAUUGCCAAGUUCCCAAAUGUCUUCUGCAAAAUAUCCGGAUUGAUUUCUGAGCAAAAAGAAGACACAUGGAGGUCCAUAGACUACCAACCGUUCAUUGAUCACCUUCUCUCCGUUUUUGGAGUAGACAGAUGUGUGUUUGGAUCAGAUUGGCCCGUUUUCGAAAAUGUCGGUGUCACCUAUAAAGAAAACCUCGCCCAUACAGAAAAACUCCUGGCAAAACUCGACCAAAAUGACAGAUUGAAGAUAUUUCGGGAAAAUGCUAUCAGAUUUUAUAAACUGAAUUUGUAAUGUGUGCUUUAUCGGUACAAUGCUCAUAUAAAAAUGUACUCAAUAUUAAAUAAAGAAAAACAACUGUUUCAAGUAAGACAUGAAAUUGUCCAUGUUUUGUUCAGUUCAACUUCCCAAGUCUAGAUUCAGUGACAACAAAAUAAUCUUAAACGUUCACAAGUUGUUCAAGUAGUUUAUCAGUGAAACACAAUAAUGAUCCUGAAACAUUACUAAUGUAUAGUAUUGUGGGCGGCAAUGAAAAUAUGCAACCUUUUUCGUAACUUAGAUAUUGUUGUUGUUAUAAAGAUAUCACGGUAGAUCGUUUUAAUUUCACGAGGGAUUUAUUUAUCAUGUUUGUUCGCGAAUAAAUUAAUUAUCGAAUUUAAAACCUAGCUAGACAUUCGAAUUACCAUUCAAGCCAACAUUUUCCAAUGAUUUUAUAUUUGUACCGCGAAUUUCAGAACUCGCAGACUGUUCCCAAACCAAAAAAGCACAAAAAGCAACCUACACCAUUGACUUGAAUUCAUAACAGGUAACGAUUUUGAACGAUAUUUGUCAUAUAAACACAUAAUGUAACAGCCAAUUUAGAACACACAUAAUAUUUGAAGGUGAAAAGUAAAAUUGCAGCAUGCAUCAUCUUGAAGAGUAAUUUUCUAAGCGCCUGUCUCAUUUCACAGCGUCUACUAAAACACAAUGUAGAUACCUAAUUUUUACAAAAUGGGAUAUGUUUGGCUUACCGACGUCAGUAAAAAAGGGAGUAUACUGGGAGGUUAAACAUGUAUACGAUAUCUUAACCCUACAAUAAAUAUGAGCCCAAAUCGCCUUCAAGAAAAUAAGAUAAUAACUUCUUCUGUUAGACCUGCCCAUUUUCUGCAUUAUAAAGCUUGAUCGGACAAUGGGCCAGUGUGAUGUUGAAGAUAUUUUGACGUCUUAAAGGAUUUUACUCUCAAAAAGUUUUUGAGACCCACAAAAAAUGUUUGUGUAUAUAAUAAGAUGAAUUGGUUCCAUGUUUUAUUUUUUCGUUUUUU